CUCACUAUUUUGGACCUUACUGGUGUCUGGUGGUGUCCGGAUUGGAGGGGUUCCAAUGAAUUACGGAAUGACUAUGAAUAUUUAUCGAUCAAAGCCCGAAAAACUCGAUCUGUGGAGCUCUGUCACAAUGCUUUUAUCUAGACUCCAAUAUCCAGUAUGCAUUGUGUUAUCCAUUUUGUGUGGGAGAGAAAGGAGAAGAAGAAGAAGAACA